AUGCGACUGAUAAUACUACAAUUCGCCUUGCUCAGCUUGGUAAGAGUAUCUUCCUUCCAGACACCGGCACUACCUUUACAAGGAUUUGGCACCAUCCCAAGGCCUGAUUCCACUAGAGUUUUUGCCAGCAGUAACGCUUUGGCCAGGAGGCCGUCAUCAUGCAUUUCCAGACAUGCACAAGAAGACGACGAAGAAGAAGAUGAAGAAGAAGAAGAAAGCAUUGAGGAAGCAACACCAGCAAUUGAACUAUCUUCUCUGGAAAAGGCGUGGCGACACGCCAAGAAACCACUCAUGUCCAUUGGAGGCAAGGGAGCUACGUUGUCGCAUGGAAACAGUCUGAGGCAGCUACUGGAGGCACAUACAGUUGUCAAGGUCAAAGUGAAUACCAAGCAGUUUGGUACACUUGAAAAGGCAUUUGAGGAUAUUCGAAGCUUGGCAGAGGAAUCCGGUGCCCCAGAAGGCAUUGAAUUGCUUCGAAUCCGCGACAGAGAAAAGGUGAUUCUGUUUGGCAUGCCAGGGACCAUGGAAAGAGUGGAACGGGGAGAUUUCCCUCCACCACCCAAAAUAUGGAGGAAGCGUGACGAGGAUGCUGAUACUGAUGAGUAG